AGAGCUAAAUCACUAUAAUAUUAAAUAUUAUAAUAAGAAAUUUCUUAUUCUUUAGACUCUUGACCUUUUUUGCACAAAAAGUCAAGGUAGUGAUGAAUCCUUGAAACUCAAUAGUUUUAAUGACUCUGGUCAGAAAAAAAUGCAAGAACCGGUUAUGUACAGUUUAAACCCGAGAUCUGAGGAAGUAAAGUACUUAUCACUACGCAUGCUGUUAUUAAUCAGGACCCAAGGCGGUUUUCGUGCUUAAACUGAUUUUUGCAAAUUUUCCUAAAAAUGAUAGGUGUCCGUUUAAUCUGUCUGGACGACAAAAAUCUGUGUAAUGUGGAAUGAGUUACCACUUGUCCUUUGCCUUUACCACAUGGGGUUCUUCAAAAACAAUCAUUAACGCUCCGUAGCGUAGCGUAGUCAUCUCUCUCUAUCACUCUAUUAUAUUAGUGCGACUGUGACAGUUGCUUUUCGUUCGCCACUAAGCGUGAACGAUAUGCACGUUAGCUACGCGGGCAGCUCAAGGGACGCAACGCAUAAGUGGGUCUCCGAUGUUGCUUAUGUCAAUGGGCGACGGUGAUCGCUUCCCAUCAGGCGGCUAGUCUGCUUGUUUGCUGCCUCACAUUAAAUAAAUGUCUGCAGAUAGAACCCCAGCAGUUUUAUUUACACACAGCAUUGUUAAAAAGCAUUAUCGUUGCAGAAACGGAAUACGACCGCCUGCCUCCAUUGUUCAAGCUGGACGAGUUCUACCCGUGCCUGCGCGCGCCUGGAGACCGCUACUGCUACGUCAACGCCAGGCUGACUGCCAACGCCAGCAGCGAACUGCUUCAUGUCAUACAAGAAUAUUCAGCCAACAACAUCACACAUUAUGACCACAAUCAAAUACAUUGGGGCGUCUGCGUCACAAAGACAUGUCGGCAAUAUCUUGACAACCAUACAGACGUGCACAUGGCCCUCGAGGCCUGCCUCAACUCCUCGCUCCAGCAGACUCACCAGCUCCAAGCGCGGCUGGUGGAGGACCAGGUCUACUGUACCGAGUUCGGGGAAACCAUCCCCAUAGACAACGGGGACAUCAUUGUAGCUACAGUUUUGAUUGCGAUCCUUGCCCUAAACAUUCUUGGGAGUUUUUACGAUAUCUGUUUUGUCCCGGAGAAGUCUAUAGUUGGUAGAGUUCUGCUAAGUUUUUCGGUAAAACGCAACUGGAAGCGUCUGUCCUCACCGUCAGGGGAGGGCCCGGAGCCACGGCUGCGACGGCUCAAGAUGUUUAACGGUGUCAAAUCAUUCACGACGUUCCUUGUAGUGAUGGGACAUUCGCCAAUGGCGGCGCUCAUUACCUCAAAUAACACACAUUUUAUAGAGUUGACGUACUACGAUGCAAUAUUUCACAUAUUCUACAACGGGAACCUGAUCGUGCAGAGUUUCUUCAUGAUGUCGGGUUUCUUGCUCGCUUUCAACCUGCUGGUUGUGGAGGAGAACGUAAAACUAACGUGUAACAAGUUCCCGAAGUGGACCAUGUUGAGGUGGAUGAGAUUAACUCCACCGUACGCCGCAGUGCUAGCUGUAGUAGCUACUUGGAUGAGACGUUUUGGGAACGGCCCCAUGUGGCAGACAGCUGUGGGCGUGGAAGUGGAUGCUUGUCGUCGAGACUGGUACUACCACCUGCUGUACGUCAACGAUUACGUCGAUUACUCGCAGUGCAUGUCACACACGUGGUAUUUGGCAGCGGAUUUCCAAUUGACCAUUCUUGGUCUCCUCCUCUUCUGCUGCCUGCGAAGUUGGCGGGCCAGGAAGAUUGCCAUUGGCGUGGCGUUCGCAGUGGGUGUCGUCACGCCCGCGGCUCACACUUACUUCCAAAAUCUGAGUCCGAUCCUCAUACUUGCGCCUGAAGUCGCUCGCCACUAUUUCGUGGAAGACCCGACCUUCAACAACCUGUACAAACGUGGCCAUACUAACAUCGUCUGCUACGCCAUGGGCCUGGCGCUCGGCAUGUGGGUCUACCAGCUCAUGAAUACCAACUUUGACAUCACCAAAUAUAAGAAAUACCGCAUCAUCUACUGGGCCACAUUCCCCGCUGGGGUGCUGCUCAUCAUCUGUGGCGGCAUCUUCUAUAUUGACGGCAUCCAGAUCCCGCUGGCCGUGCGCGUCGUGUACGCGCCCAUCGUCAAGAUCCUGUUCGGGAUGAUUGGAUUCAUUCUGACGUUGGGGACCAUUUUUAAGUUGGAAACGGUAUAUCGUGGCCUGCUGGAAUGGCGUGGCUGGGCAGUGUUCGGCCGUGUAUCUUACUGCGCUUACUUAGUGCACGUGUCCGUGAUACGUUACAGCGCGGCAAACCACACAUCUCUGCUGCACUCCAAUUUCUUCCAAAUUGUAAGUCAAUUUCAGUCCGAGGUCCACAUCUGAGUCAAUGCAGCUGCAGUCGCCAUCCAAAUAUCACCUUAGUGUGUAAUUUGUAUGUAAUGUAUGUAUGUAUGUCAACAAGGUGAGGCAGUAUUUUACACCUAGGCAGCUGCUCGACCUUUACCAAGC